ACUACCACUACUACUACUACUAGUCCCUGCCGUUUCAGUGGCACUAGCUUCAACCGUUCACAAGAAAGAAUCGAGUGAAACAGGGAACACGCCUCCCUGUAUUCGCUUGUCUGGCUAUAAAUAGCAGCUAAAUCUCCCUCAUAUCAUCUCCCGAACCCCUUAGAUAUCAGAUGAUGAAAGACUACGUAUCCCUUAAAAAGACAGGACGAUCAUUGUUGGAACGGCGUUGAUCACAUGUCUGGCGUCCGGACGGGACUGGUCCGUGUGUUAAACAGUAACAUCACCAACGUCACUAACAAACAGUAGUAGGACUGUUGUUGCUAUUAGUAAGUUAGUUUCUACUGUGUGUGUUUUAAGUACCAUCAGAAGCCGUCGCUGGCUUCCGUCGAGCCCCGGUUUACUAUUUCAACCUGCUGCUGGGAGAGAGAGAGAGAGAGAUAAAUAGGACAUUAGUUUCGAAUAAAGGGAGAAGGAAAGAGAGAACCAGAGAGAGAGAGAGAGAGAGAGAGAGAGAGGGGGAAAGAGGCUGGAAGGAGGGGGUAAAAGGAGAUAGAGAGAGAGAGAGAGGAAGAGAGAGAGAAAGAAGCAGCGAGUGGCGGUAGGUCUAUUAUGUUCCAUGUUACCACAGUAACUGGCAGCAUCAUCAUAUUCCUCACUGCUUCAGUCUUUAGGAACGGUUAAGACUUUCUCUCUGUCUCUAUUUUCUUCUCUCUUUUCUUGAGACUCUUCAAUGUGGUGGCGUCAAUAUGGCAACGCAGGUGGAGCAACGCGCUUCGAAUGGCGGCAUUAGUAGCGUGUCUUUGGAUAUAGACGAUGAUACCUUGAUAUCGAGGGCCGAAAGAAGACCUUUAACUCUUUCAAGAUGCCGCAAUUUAUACCAAGCGCCGGAGUUUGUCCAGCGCCUCACCGGUGAAGAGUCUGUAUUGGAAAACAGCAGCGUUCGAUUCGAAUGCAGAGUGAAAGGCUUCCCGAAGCCGACAAUGAAAUGGUACAAAGAUGAAGAAAUCUUGGAACUUGAUGAGCGGAUAUCUGUGGAAUCGUUAGAGCAAGGAACCCAUGCCCUUGUCAUUGCUGAUGUGACCAAGAAAGAUGAAGCCACGUAUCGAUGUCGGAUCGAAAACAAUGAAGGUUCGAGUUCAAGCACGAUUUACCUCAGCGUUAAAGGUUUGUAUCUUUCUUAAUAAUCUCACCUUCAA